ACGUAAACAUCUUAUCAAACCUUUUCUUUUUACCCCUUAACAAACCCUCAAACUCUUCACUGCCCCUUCCCACUCCCACUUCCAAGCAGGCACUCAUAUAUAAAAUAAGCAAAUCAAAGAUUAAAAUAUGUCUGAACCGUCAAACCCACCUCAAGGUCUUUUAGUGACAGCUUCGAAAGUACACGUACCUUUCAAAUCUGAACUUUUGAACGUCAUCCUCUCUUCCAGGUUCAAGAACAGACCACCGAAUUUAUUAGGGAUAUUAGCUACUAAGAAAGAAGAUGCUAGGACUUAUGCUGAGUUCACACGUAGAGCAUGCGAACAGAUAGGUAUAGAUUUCGAACUUCGUUUAGUGGGUGAAGCUAGGGAAGGUAUGGAUAAUGCAGGUGUUGGGAUAGAUGUUGAAGAAGCUAUCCUAGAGGCAAACGAUGAUGAUAAUGUAGAUGGGAUCAUGGUUUAUUAUCCUAUUUACGGUGGGAGGCAGGACCAAUACCUACAAUCUGUCGUCAGUCCCCUAAAAGAUGUGGAAGGGUUGAAUCAUCAAUUCCUUUUCAACCUUUAUCACAACAUCCGCUUCAUCUCCCCCCACACCCUUCGCCCCAUUCCCGCUUCCCACAUCCCCCAACCGAUCCUCAAACCAGGUCAAGAAGCUCCCCCUCCACCAGGAACCGUAAAAUCAAUCAUCCCCUGUACCCCUUUGGCCAUUGUCAAAGUCCUCGAACAUCUCGGAGUAUACAACGCCAUGCUCGAAUACGGUGAUCGAGCUCGAGGAAAAGUAAUCACCGUUUUGAACCGAAGUGAAGUCGUCGGUAGACCAUUAGCAGCUUUAUUAGCUAAUGACGGUGCAAGAGUUUUAAGUGUUGAUAUAGAUUCAAUCGUUGAAUUCUCAAAACGACCCACACCUCCGACCUCAUCUUCAACAAACACGAACACUAAAACCACGAGUAGUACGAGUAGUAGUACGAACCCUUCGAAUCCUACACGUUCACCUGAAACUUCAACUUUAUUAUCUUCUUCUAAAUAUAAUCCACAUCAUGUAGUUUCACCUACUUCUUUGACCAUCGAUCAAGCUUUAGGUAUUUCGGAUGUGGUCAUUUCAGCUGUACCGAACCCUAAUUAUAAAGUCCCGACGUCGAGUUUGAAAGACGGAUGCGUUUGCGUCAACGUUGCUGGUGAGAAGAAUUUUGAGAAUGAUGUUAGGGAUAGAGCGGGGAUUUACGUACCUAGUGUUGGGGUGAUGACUAUCGCUAUGUUACAGAGGAACUUGUUGAGGUUGUGUGAUUAUAGAGAUAUGAUCAGAGGUGUUGGACAAGGAGAUGGGGUGUAGGUUUUUUUUUGUGGAAUAGUACUUAGAGUAGAGCAAGUAGAGAGAUGGACAUUACCUGUCGUUUUCA